AUGAGCGUUGAAGAUCAACGGGUAUUGCAGAAAUUUGUGGCCUUGAUCACGAAUAGGCUGGUCGAAUCCGGUUUCAAGAUAAGGCAACCGAUGAAGUAUCUCCUCCAUGAUCCUAGGUCCGGCUUUUUCUACUUGAAAAAGAAGAACCUCCUUGUCCUGCCAAGGAUAGUAUUAGUACUUAGACUGUUAGAUGAGAGUAUUAGUACUUACUGUUAGAGAUCAUGAUAGUAUUAUUGAGUACUUACUGUUAGAUCAACAUGAGAGGACGAGGAAGAUGCCAAUGCGGUAGGAGCUCUAAUCGAGGCAGCUUUCUCUGAAUUGAAGGGAUCCGAGGAACUUGCUGGGCUGCCGAAACACGGGAGCAUCAAGUGGGUUUUCUUUCUCUAUGGUUCCCUGCUCUUGCGUCUCCCAUCUUCGAAAAGUGACGCUGAUUUGGGUGUGGCGCUCUUGAAUAGUGAAACGGGUAAGGCAGUAACGCUAUCGAAGGAGACGAAACAGAAGAUCCUGAUUCGACUAGGUGAAGUGAUUAGCAUGCAAAAACCGGAGAUGGCGAGGAUGAUUGAAGACGUCUUUGAGGACAAAGUGAUGAUAUUCGAUUCCACCAAAGCCGGAGCAAACAUCCCUUGUGUCUCUUGGAAACUCGUAGAAAUUAAGAAUUGAGUUUCUAUCGAAUUACUUUCGAUUUGUCCAUCAAAUUAAGUAAUUACAUUCCACAGUUGUACUAGACCAUCUUCCCUGGUUUUUUUGUUUCUAGAAGAGAAUAAGAAGCCAGGGAAGAUGCUCAUCUGAGGAACGUAACUCCAUAACCUCUAAAGUGGACAAGGAGUCUUAUGCCUCUGGCCAGAGGACGGCUUCGUCUGAUGCAUCUUCAGAUGUUAUGGCUCAUUUCAAUCCUCCAUCUUGAUACUAGAAGAGAUUCUGCAGCUCAUGAAGAUUCAGUACAAGUACUAUUUUAUUUACUUAUAAAUAUAUAUGUCUAUUCUGUAGCUCAUGAAAAUUCAGUACUACGUCUAUGUACAACUGAAAAGGUCGGCUUGCUAAGAGAUGAAUUGCAUCCAAUUCCUACUUCAGGAGGAGAGUGGUAACUUAGACUAAGUACUUUCUUGCCUAGUACUCGUCGUACUCUAAGACACCCUCUGGCCGAAAAGAGCAGACGGCCUUCAAAGUUGAGUUGUGCAUCCACGAAAGACCCAAUGCCAUUGUCAACAGCAUAGCAACCUUCCGCCAGCUACACGAGGUAGGUCUUAGGGUAUUGCCAAAGAUGCUUCAGGAAACGAGAGAAAAACAUCACAAGGAAAAACAGUCUCUAGCUGGAGGUCGUCUUGAUGGAGGAGGCCUUCGUGUGAUGUCUUCAUCAGCAUUUGGUCUUCCUGUGUCCUCAACAUCGGCUUCCGCGUACUUCACGAGAGUCGUGCUAGCAGCGUUGGUGAUCCUACGAAAAUAUGCGCACGAUGCAGCUUUGUCCACUGGAGACCAGAAUACCCUUUUGAAUAAUCACUUCUUGCUCACUGCGUUCGUGAAUUUCCUCAGUCACCAGGAGCAGGGGAGCAGGACUGUUAGAGGAGCGUUCGAAUACCCACGACCUGCAGCGCCGGCUACUGCAAGUCCGUCUUCUCCAAGCACUCACGAAGUGAAUCUUCUAUACAGGAUUCUGAACGACGCGUCGGAGGACGCUGGUCGUGUCGUAGGUGCAGCAAGAACUGAUGACCACGGUAGCAGUACAGAGAACCACAAAACAGUCACAUUUACAAACAAGCUGUCAAUUAGCAAGACCUGUGAUGAUGAGGAUGGUUGCUGCUAUCUUGGGUCCAGAUGCUGGAGUGCAAAUGGAGUCACAGACGAGCGCUGGUUCUUUGUGGGCAAUGCACUGUUGAACAUGUACCUCCACGACGGUGAGGGUGGCCUCCCACGUCUGCAAAGGCUAGUUGAAGAUACUCUUGGUGGACAAGCAUUUUUAGCAAACAGGAGUCCAGACUACUUCGAGACGCUCUCGAUGCAUCAAAUCCUGGAGGAGAUGCAACAGCGCAAAGUCCAAGCUGCCUCUACUUGCUUCCCGACGUCUGCGUCAGCACGUUCUCAGGUGGAGGAGCAGCUUUCUUAAGGCGUUUUUACCUCCUUUAUAAAUAAAUAUGUUUGAUCUACUUUUGAAGAUCUCUUCAUAAGUUGGAUCUUUAAUAUUUUUGAUGUCUCUCUGUCUUCAAUAUUAUACGUAGUAUCCUUUUAUUACUUCAUAGAAUAUAUCGGGUCGGGAACGGGUCAGGGUCAGGGUCUUGUCCACCUAGAUAUCAAAAAUAUUUAGAUUUAUCAGCCCCAACUAGAACGACGACGACGACGACCCCUGUUUGCUAUUGUUUUGUACAUUACACCGAUCCACCUAGGCGAUUAUUAACACCUUCACGACACGUCUUUCUUCUUCUUCUUCUUCUUCUUCUUCUUCACUAACAUCACCUCAAUCAAGGACAGUCCUGGGCAUCUUCUUACACAUACUUCCCUAACAUCUUCACGACCCGUUUCUCUUGUUUGCACUUCUUCUAACAACUCCAGCGGGUGGCAGUUGAAAAUUCUCCGUUUGCAGUGGCGUACAGUCUGCUGUCCGGGAAGAACUCUUACUUUUGUGAGAGUGAGGGUUUUAAGCCUAUACGAAGGACCGUGGAGAAGUUGCAACGACAAAUGGCAGAAGGUGGCUUCUCAAAUGUGGCCACUGUGGUGGUAUCUAGGAUCGGGAAGGGCGGUCGGACACAUCCUACGAAUAAGAUACCUAAGAUGAACGGGGACGGGUAUCCAACAACUACGUCUCUUCUACAAGCGCAAGAGCAGGGCACCUGUACGACCGCUACUCCGAAGUUUACUGGCAUUUUGAAUCCAAAUGAGGCUGUGCCCAUCCGUCGCACCGAAAAGAGUGGGUAUCUUCUGCCCGUUGAGUUGGCUUUUCCAUUCGUCAAUGACAAUGAAGCCAAAAUCUUCGGAAUUGGCGGAGACGAGGCUGCUGCAUCUUCGACUUCGACAGCAGAUGCCGUCCGACUCGACCAAGAUGCGCUCAUGCUAGCGGAUUCGUUUUUGGAGGUAUUUGAAAAGGAAUUAUCAACACUAGUGAGCAGUACUCAUGAUGAUCCGGCAUCCACGCCAAAACCUCCAGUUCGCGUCACUGACGCUGCUGGUGACUAUAGAGAAUGGGUGUGGUCGACCUCUAGUCCUGUCGCUGGCAUACCGAAAGCCCUGGCUUUAAAAGAAAAACUAGAGAAGAUGCGAAUCUCCAUUAAGGAGAAAAUUUACAAUGUAGAGUUGCAAAAAUAAGUGACUAAGUAAUUCUUGGAGUACUCUCUGGGGGACAGCACCGCGAUGGAGAUGCUGGCUUCUUCUGGCUUCGACUUGCUGUUCGUUGUCAUUCUCCUUGUGCCGCUACAACAUUACUGGACUAUGAUUGCUAUAUUAAACCUACUGAAUAUGAGAGAUAUAUAUUUAUACAAACAUAGUUGUGUGAUUUGUAAAAAUUCGAUCGCACUGGUAUAGUUGGUUGCAACGCGUAGUUGUCUGCUUUAUAAUUAAUCUCAUAGCUGCUUAGUCGGUCCAGAUCCACCUGACCUCGUCAUUCUGAGAAGGAGACGGACCGACGAGGUUGAAUCUAUCUAGAGGGACGUCACUGUUAGUGCUAACGCCUAAGAGGCUGGUGCAGGUCAUACUAACUAUGAGGAUAGAACUGUGUCUUUUUAUUCUUCUGCUAGCUAGCAAGCUUUUCGUAUUCGACGUACGUCGCGAGGGAGAGGUGCUAAUUGAUUCAUUACGGGGAAUGAUCUACGAUUUAAUUGUUAAAAAUCAGGAACAGUUGUAUAAUGAUAAUAAGUGGAGAAGUUCAGAAGAAGUUGUCCACAAUUUUGUUAUACGGAAGGAGGUGGAGUUCCUAAAUUUUUGAACUACAAUCAUUAAUAUUUAUCUUUAUUAUCAUACUAACUUAAAAAUACAUGUACUUGUUGUCGUGGAGGAUUUUGCAAUCAUGUUUUCAUAGAUGGAGGGAAGAGUAAGAGAGAGCUCAAAGGAGGCUCUCCUCGAGGCUCUUACCGUUGUCUGCGCCGCAGGUGAGGUCGAUCAUGCUAUGCUGAGGUCUACAGAGGUCUAUUAGGGAAGUAUUAAGUAGGAU